AGCGGGACGCGGCUGCGCAUGAUCCUACCGGGCUUUACGUUAAUUUCGAACGUGUUUUACCGCUAAAAUGUCCAAUAAACAAAUGGUUUCGACGUAACAACAGUUUAAAAACAAAAUGAAGUGUCAGUUCUUACAUUUAGUUCCGUGAGUGUUGAUUAUUUAGUGUUCAAACGACAUAGAAGGAGUAAAACAAAUGUGUGUGAUCCAUGUGUGAAUGUUGUGUUACAAAAUGUGGUCGAGGAACUUUAUACCGGAUUAUGGGAUUCAAUUGCUGUCAAUCUUCAUAGUGGUGUCGACACUGGCCACCAGGAUCCAUGGUGUCGAAGGUUUCGUUUCGUGUUCACCUUCGCCAUGCAAGAAUGGCGGUACCUGCCUGUCCACGCCCAGAGGAGAAUAUUUUUGCAACUGUACAUCCCGAUAUGCAGGCGAGUUCUGCCAGCAUCUGAACCCUUGCCACAGUGAGUCCAGUCCUCGAUGUCAGAAUGGAGGGUCAUGUCGCGUCAGACCAGGAGUCAGUGGAGGGCCACCGUCCUUCGCUUGCGAUUGUCCUCUGGGCUUCAGUGCCUCACUGUGUGAGAUUAGGAUACCAGCUGCCUGUGAUUCAGCGCCAUGUUUGAAUGGAGCCACGUGUCGUCUGACGUCAUUGGACACGUAUGAAUGUGAUUGCCCGCCAGGGUAUACAGGUGAUGAGUGCUCCCACGAAGACCACUGCGCAUCUCAGCCCUGUCGCAAUGGAGGAAGAUGUGUAGCAGACAACAGCACUGCUGCUGGUUACUCCUGCGCCUGUCCUCCUGGCUUCACCGGCUCCCGUUGUACUGAAGAUGUGGUGGAAUGUUCAAGUGGCUCAGGUCCUUGUCAUCAUGGACGCUGCUUUAAUACCCAUGGGUCGUACACGUGUGUGUGCGAGCCUGGGUAUACUGGCAGAGAUUGUGAUGCAGAGUAUGUGCCAUGUGAGCCGUCACCAUGUCAUCAUGAUGGAAGAUGUACGCCGCUGGACCAGUUGAGAUACGAGUGCGAUUGUCCACCUGGUUAUCGCGGGCAGAACUGCGAGAUCGACAUCGACGACUGUCCUGGCCACUUGUGCCAGAAUGGCGCGACCUGCGUCGACGGGCUCAACUCCUACACUUGCGAGUGCCCGCCCACUUUCACCGGGACCCUCUGCGAGAUAGAUGUCGACGAGUGCGCUCUCAGGCCCCUAGUCUGCCAGAACGGAGCGACUUGCACGAACUCAGUCGGUGGCUUCUCCUGCAUCUGCGUCAACGGCUGGACAGGUCCAGAAUGUUCUGUCAACAUCGACGACUGCGCAGGCGCGGCUUGCUUCAACGGCGCCACCUGUAUCGAUAGGGUUGGGGCUUUUUACUGCAAGUGUACGCCGGGAAAGACUGGUCUACUUUGUCAUCUGGAUGAUGCGUGCACCUCCAACCCUUGCCACGCGGACGCCAUCUGCGACACCAGCCCAAUCAAUGGUUCCUACACCUGCUCAUGUGCAUCAGGCUACAAGGGGCUCGACUGUUCCGAAGAUAUUGAUGAAUGUGAACAAGGAUCUCCAUGUGAACACGAUGGUAUUUGCGUCAACACUCCCGGGUCUUUCGCGUGUAACUGUUCGGUUGGGUUUACUGGACCGCGUUGCGAGACCAACGUCAAUGAGUGCGAGAGCCACCCCUGUAGGAACGACGGCUCCUGUCUCGACGAUCCUGGGACCUUCCGAUGUGUCUGUAUGCCUGGGUUCACGGGAACGCAAUGCGAGGUGGAGAUAGACGAGUGUGCCAACAACCCCUGCUUGAACGGAGGCAUCUGUCAUGACAUGAUCAAUGCGUUCAGGUGUACCUGUGUCAUAGGGUUCACGGGAGCUCGUUGUCAAGUCAACAUAGAUGACUGCGCUUCAAGUCCAUGUCGGAACGGCGGCACCUGUCAUGAUUCUGUGGCUGGAUAUACUUGUGAAUGUCCACCUGGGUACACUGGAAUGUCAUGUGAGACGAACAUCAACGACUGCUUAUCAGCCCCAUGCCACCGCGGCGAGUGCAUCGAUGGAGACAACAGCUUCACCUGCAACUGCCAUCCAGGGUACACCGGCAGAGUCUGUCAGACUCAGAUCAAUGAGUGUGAAUCCAAUCCCUGCCAAUUUGGAGGACAUUGCGAGGACCUCAUAGGCGGCUACCAGUGCCGCUGCAAGCCUGGAACAUCAGGUCGCAACUGUGAGAUCAACGUCAACGAGUGCUACUCCAACCCUUGUAGGAAUGGCGCCACAUGCAUCGAUGGAAUUAACAGGUACACCUGCGAGUGCAUCCCAGGGUUCACGGGUCAGCACUGCGAGACCAACAUCAACGAAUGCCUGUCGAACCCCUGCGCCAACGGUGGAAAGUGCGUCGACAGGAUCAACGGAUUCCGGUGUGAAUGCCCUAGAGGAUAUUAUGACGCUAGAUGUUUGUCCGACGUGAACGAGUGUGCAUCAAACCCCUGCAUCAAUGGUGGUUCCUGUGAAGAUGGAGUGAAUCAGUUCAUCUGUCAUUGCUUGCCUGGUUAUGGUGGUCAGCGCUGUGAACGAGACAUCGACGAGUGCAGUUCGAACCCGUGCCAGCAUGGAGGAACGUGCCAUGAUAGGCUGAAUGCGUAUAAGUGUGACUGUGUUCUUGGGUUUACUGGUGUAAACUGCGAGACAAACAUCGACGACUGUGCGGGCAACCCGUGCCUGCACGGUGGCUCGUGCAUAGAUCUCGUCAACGGCUACCGCUGCGUCUGCGCACCUCCUCAUUCAGGCCGUAACUGCGAGAACACACUCGAUCCUUGUACUCCUAACCAAUGUCGCCACGGUGGUCGUUGUGUAGCCGAAGCCUCAUAUGCGGAGUUCACCUGUCAGUGCCCCGUCGGCUGGACUGGCGCCCUCUGUGAGCGAGACGUGGACGAGUGCGCUGUCACCGCGCCCUGUCAUAAUGAGGCCACGUGUAUCAACACCGAAGGGUCUUACGCUUGUCUAUGUGCGAGGGGCUACGAGGGGAAGGACUGCGCUAUUAAUACUGAUGAUUGUGCUUCUUUCCCCUGUCAAAACGGAGCGACAUGUCUGGACUCGAUCGGCGACUACAACUGCGUGUGCGCAAGCGGGUUCGCGGGCAAACACUGCGAGGUUGACAUUGACGAGUGUCAGUCCAGGCCAUGUAUGAAUGGAGCUACUUGUAAUCAGUACGUGGCCUCAUACACCUGUACGUGCCCGCUCGGUUUCUCCGGCAUCAACUGUCAGACGAAUGAUGAAGAUUGUACUGAGUCUAGUUGUAUGAAUGGAGGCACCUGUAUCGAUGGCAUCAACUCUUAUAACUGUUCCUGUCCGCUUGGCUACACCGGUUCAAACUGUCAGUUCCGUAUAAACAUGUGUGACAGCUCUCCGUGCGACAAUGGCGCCACCUGUCACGAUCACGUCACGUACUACACCUGUCACUGCCCCUACGGGUACACGGGGAAACACUGCGAGAAUUAUGUUGAUUGGUGUGAAGUCAAUCCAUGUGAGAAUGGCGCCACAUGUUCUCAAAAGGGUCCCCAGUACACCUGCACCUGUUCCCCUGGCUGGUCCGGCAAGCUCUGCGACGUCGAGAUGGUGUCCUGUAAAGACGCUGCUAUCAGGAAAGGUAUGGAUUUCAGAGGAGUAAAACUAAAGCAGCUUUGCAACAACGGCUCAUGUGAAGACAUCGGCAACUCGCAUCGCUGUCACUGUCUCGAAGGCUACACUGGCUCCUACUGUCAGAAGGAGAUCAACGAAUGUGAAUCAGCACCAUGUCAGAAUGGAGCCGUCUGCAAGGAUCUAGUAGGAACAUACCAGUGCCAAUGUGCUAAAGGAUUCCAAGGCCAGAAUUGCGAACUGAACGUAAACGACUGCCUCCCCAACCCUUGCCAAAACGGAGGAACAUGCCACGAUCUCAUCAAUAAUUUCUCCUGCUCCUGUCCCUUCGGUACUCUUGGAAAGAUCUGCGAGAUCAACGUCAAUGACUGCAAGCAAGACGCGUGUCAUAACAACGGUACUUGUAUCGACAAAGUUGGAGGCUUUGAGUGCAAGUGUCCACCUGGUUUCGUUGGUCCAAGAUGCGAAGGAGACAUCAACGAAUGUCUAUCCAACCCAUGUUCAGUACCCGGUACUCAAGACUGCGUCCAACUUGUCAACGAUUACCAUUGUAACUGCAAACCAGGGUACAUGGGAAGACAUUGCGACGCCAAAGUCAAUUUCUGCGCAAACUCCCCCUGUCAGAAUGGAGGUAUUUGCACCGCUAUACAAGGAGGACACGAAUGCCUCUGUAACGAUGGUUUCUAUGGUAAGAACUGCGAAUAUUCUGGGUACGCUUGCGAUUCCAACCCAUGUCAGAAUGGAGGAUACUGUAGGACAUCUGAGAUUGGUGGCUACGUCUGCGAUUGCCCAUCAGGAUUAUCAGGCGUAAACUGUGAAAUUGAUUCAAUGAACGAGUGUCUCAGUAAUCCUUGUAAACACCCAGAAGCAAGAUGUAUAGACAAACCCGGGGACUACCUUUGUUACUGCCCUCCACAAUGGACUGGCAAGAGCUGUGAUAUCCAUGAUCCUCACUCUAGAGGAGGCUACGGUAUUCCAGUCAGUGGAGGAUUCAGUCCUAAGAAACCAGGCAUUACCUUUGAAGAAAUGGAUUUGGCUUAUCAGAAGGAACAGUGUGUGAAGAAGGGCUGCAAAGAAAAGCAAGGCGACCACCACUGUGACGAGGAAUGUAAUACGUACGCAUGCGAGUUUGAUGGUAACGACUGCUCUCUAGGAGUGAACAAUCCUUGGGCAAACUGCACGGCGCCAAUCAAAUGUUGGGAAGUCUUCAUGGAUGGCGAGUGCAACGAAGUGUGCAACACACAAGCUUGUUUGUUCGACGGCAGAGAUUGUCAGAAGUCCUUACAACGUUGUAAUCCAAUCUACGAUGCGUACUGCCAGAAACAUUAUGCUAACGGCCACUGUGACUAUGGUUGCAACAACGCUGAAUGUAACUGGGACGGUCUCGACUGUGAGAACGAACCUCCUCACUUGGCCGAAGGUGUGAUGUCAGUCACUUUACUAAUGGACAUGAAGACCUUCAAAGAAAACUCCGUCGCCUUCCUCCGAGAUUUAGGUCAUCAGUUACGAACUACUGUGUUGAUAAAGAAAGAUCAUCUAGGAAACGACAUGGUCUAUCCAUGGAAGGGAUCUACCGACGUCGGAUUACAAGAUACGGAGUUUGGGAAGAAGCAUAACAUCGUUUUUACAGAGAGGGGGCAAUCUGGAGUGCAAGUGUACCUAGAAAUUGAUAACAGAAAGUGCACAUCAAUGUUGAGCUCUGAAUGCUUCUUCUCAGCAAGAGAAGCUGCAGAGUUCUUAGCGGCUACUGCUUCUAAACACUCCUUAUCUCCAAACUUCCCAAUUUUCCAAGUGAAGGGUGUGAACACACCUGAUGAUCCUAACGGCGUACCAACCAACUCCAAAUACGUGUUCAUCGGAGUAAUCCUGGUGCUUCUUGCUGGUUUACUUAUUGGUGUACUAGUAACAGCUCAGAGAAAGCGAGCAGCUGGUAUAACAUGGUUCCCCGAAGGUUUUAUCCGGAACAACUCGUCGACGAGACGUCGAUCACGCAGACGUGGUCCUGAUGGACAGGAGAUGAGGAAUUUGAACAAAGGAUCUAUUGGCUGUAUCGAUGUGGACAUCAAUGGAGGUCAUAUGGGACCUCCUCAUCAUUGGUCGGAUGAAGAUGAUGAUGGGUCAGCGCCUCCAAGAGCAAAGAGGGCACGUGGGCCAGGAGAUUCUAAUGGAGCUCCAGGCGGCUAUGCUUCAGAUCAUACUGCGAUUACGGAUUAUGAGGAGGCCGGUCAUGAUGGCAGAGUUUGGACGCAACAGCAUUUAGAUGCAGCUGACAUCAGAGUACCUCCGAGUAUGAUGACGCCACCGGCUAUCCAUGAUGGUCACGUAGAAGUGGACGCUCGUGGUCCACUUGGUAUGACUCCGCUAAUGGUGGCUGCUGUACGUGGAGGUGGUCUCGAUACAGGAUCCGACGCUGAAGAUGAACAGACUGCUCAUAUUAUAUCAGAGCUGGUGGCUCAAGGCGCUCAGCUGAACGCUGCCAUGGAUAAGACUGGAGAAACUAGCUUGCAUUUGGCUGCUAGGUAUGCUCGAGCGGACGCAGCGAAGCGUCUCCUGGAUGCUGGAGCUGACGCCAAUUCCCAGGACAACACUGGUCGUACUCCACUACACGCGGCAGUGGCUGCUGAUGCUAUGGGAGUCUUCCAGAUUCUCCUCAGGAACAGAGCUACAAACCUGAACGCGAGGAUGCAUGAUGGAACCACACCACUUAUUUUGGCUGCUAGGCUAGCCAUAGAAGGUAUGGUGGAGGACUUAAUAAAUGCGGACGCGGAUAUAAACGCGGCGGACAACAGUGGCAAGACCGCGCUGCACUGGGCCGCCGCCGUCAACAACAUCGAUGCAGUCAACGUACUGCUCACUCAUGGAGCUAACAGAGACGCGCAGGAUGAUAAAGACGAGACGCCCCUCUUCCUAGGAGCUCGCGAGGGUUCAUACGGGGCGUGUCGAGCACUCCUCGACGCGAUGGCUAACAGAGAGAUCACAGACCAUAUGGACCGGCUGCCCAGGGAUGUGGCCCAGGAGAGGAUGCAUGAUGACAUUGUCAGGCUACUGGACGAACACUGUCCUAGGCCACCUCCACAACAUCAUCAUCUUAUGCCUUCUCCAAACCCGCACCCGCAGCUGAUCAGUCAGCCGACUGUCAUCAGCACGGCUUCAAAAGGGAAGCCGAAGAAGUCGCGAGCGAAAGCCGGCCCCGACAGCCCCGACCAGGCAUACGACAACAAUAACUUGCAGACAACGCAAAUUAGACGGAAACCUAGUGUAAAAAAGAACAAUAAGAAGGUGGCCCAGGAGGUGCCACAGAGCGUGGAGAGCUUGGGCUCCAGUCUCAGUCCUGUUGAAUCACCGCUCCAAAAUUUACAGGACUUGCCGUCGCCGUACGACGCAACGUCGCUGUACUCGAACGCGAUGGCGCAGUUCGUAGGCAUCGAGCAGCUAGUGCAGCACAAACAGCCGCCAAGCUAUGAGGACUGCGUCAAGUGCUUCGUCCCGCAGCCGGGUCAGACGCUGCAACAGUCGUACGGCGGCGGCGCGCUGGGCGCGUCACUGUCGCCGCCCUACUCCAACCACUCGCCCACGCAUAGCAACCACACCACGUCGCCACACGCUUAUAUAGGAUCUCCCUCGCCCGGCAAGUCCCGGCCGUCUCUACCGACCUCACCCGCGCACAUGGCAGCACUGCGCCACUCACACCAACACCAACUCGACGCCGCGGCAUACUCUGCGCUUGCGCAUCUAAGUGCUAAUGGUCAGCAUAAUGCGCAGUUGCAAGCAGUGAUGACGCACGCGGCUGCGCUCGGACAAGUCCAGGGCGCGCAGCACCCAGCUCUCACGAAUAUGAUGUCAAGUCUAUACGGCGGCUGGGGCAUCGGUGAUACAUUCCCGACGCCAUCGCCAGAGUCGCCCGACCAUUGGUCGACGCCAUCGCCACAGACGCCGCUCACACAGUCCCCGCACUCUGAUUGGUCAGAUCGUGCCGCGUUAUCCCCCAACGACAUACAACAGACCAAUAAGGGGGCGACCGAAGCCAUCUAUAUAUAGGUUUAUUGUUAAGGAUCGGUUUUAGAUGAAUUAUAGACGUUCUUAGUUUGUUAGUGGUGAUAUUUUGUUAGACUUGAUGUAUUGUACAGCCAUUUUUUACAAUAUUAAUUAGUAUUGCCGUAGUUGGUGCUACGUAUCAUGAUUUUUAUAAAUGGCAAUCCAAGUUUUCUGUAAGAGAUAAAUUUAUAGCAUUCCGCCUGUAAAGUAAUACAAUUUUUACAACAAUUAAAUAUUUUUGAUGUGGCAAUUUUAAAUGAUAAGUAUAUUUUGUACAUGGCAAUAUUACUCUCACAUUCGAAAUACAAAACACCACAGAACGUCCAGCAGCAUAGGAAAGAAGACAAUGUAUAGAGCGACGAGCGACGCGAUGCGAUGUAAAUUCACCGUUCGAUGUCCAUUGACGUUUUAGUUCGACGUCGGGCGGCGGUGUCGUAAACAUAGACUGACUUGUACAGCCAUGACUCGAGUGUAUAGUUUUUAAAGUAGUGUAGAAUAAUGCACUAACAACUUGAUAAUCUCGUGAUUUCUAGCAUUCCCCCUGUUUUUCGGUGUGUUUUUUGCAAAAAGAAUAAGUUCGGGACCAAUGAAGUGCAAAUGUAAGCGUAUCCUAUGGCUGAUUACCGUAGGUAUUGCUUUGAGAGACAUAGAAAAGGUAUACAUUCAACUUUGACCUUUAAAGACCCUUAAGGUAAUGUUCAAAUUAUCUUAACUCAUUCGUACUGUCUCUUUUAAAUAAUAACGACACAAAAGAGAAUGUAACAAACAUUCGAAAUUUAAAAUUCAAAAAUGCACCGGAUGUUAACAAUUGACAUUUUGAUAAAGGAAAUGACACAUUUGUUACGUUGUUGAUGUUUUUUUUAUUAUUAUUUACUUGUUUAAGAAAACUGUGUUUGAAGCCUACGGUUUCAAUGCAUGAGAUUUGUUAGGUGCAGGCGAAUGACGUCACAAGCCGGUAGGCCGAUACGUUUGUACGGAAAUUAUUUAUGUGUGAUUCUGUAGCUUAGGAUUUUAUCGCUUUUAGUGUGUAGAUAGUUUAUCGGUUUGUUACUAAAGCUGAGAUAAAAAUGUAAUAGAUUAUUUUUUGUUCGUUUUUUUUCUUUUCGUAAUUUAAAAAUAAGCAUAGCUUUUUUAUUAUUUCUCUUUUUUGAUGUAAUGGUUUUAAACAGAAUGCCUUUAAAUCGGCUUUAGAAACAAAUUGUGUUAAUUUAGUAUUUAAAACUGUAAUAUUGACUGAGAUUGUCGCCAUAAUAUUUGUCAUGUUUGUUUUAUUUUAUCAUCAAUUUUAUUUGUUCACAAACUUUAUUUUGAUCUGGCAAUAAUCUCAGUUUUAAAUAUUAUAUUUUGAUAGUUUACAUAUCUUCCGUAUGUCGAAUCAUUCCAUAAUUGCUUCCAAUUAGACUACUAUGUUCAGGGGUGCCUAGUUAAAAAAAUACCUAGUGUAUAACAAAGGUGUUGCCAUUUCUAAUAUACCAAUGCAACCUCUUGCAUAUUUAGUGAAUUCCCAAUUGUUAUAAGAUCUCAUUCAUUCCAUUUGUGCUUUAAAGAACAACCUUAGUUGACAUUGUUUUUUUUUUAUUUUUAAUAAAUAGUUGAAGCGGGACCAUUCAUGCUCAAUUUUUACUCAAUUCCAUACAUACUCUAUUAUAUUGUAAUAUAUUUUAUAUUUUUAAGUAAUUCUAUAGUUUAUAGCUUGCGAUGUUGUACGCCUUCAUCAUUGUAAAUAAUUUUAUCAUUUUAUUUUAUUGUAAUGUAAGUAAUAUUUAAAAAGCGAAUGAAAUAACUGAUCUUCGUAGUUUUACGGUAGUAUUGUAGUUUUUUUUAAUUUUUAUUUUUUUGUGUCAUCUUUAUUGUGCCAAUGAGCAGAUUUGUUUACUGUACCGUUAGUGAAACGCACAGACAAUAUUACUUGUGUAUUACUAGUUGUAGAAUAAAUAUUAUUGAUAAGGGAAUUGUGCUUCCUAACUGCUUAUGCCUAAGCAACAAAUGCCCCCUAAGUGAAUAUAGGAAUUGGCUGAAGUACAAAGGGAAUAAAUAAACUUUUCGACGUAAUAUUUCGAAGUAAAAAAAAAUUGUAAAAGAAAAACCAAGACUGUAAAAGAUAAUUAAGUGCAAAGGAUUUAUACUCAUAAAUAAAUAAUUCCGUAGCGUUUUCUUUUAUCUUUCGUGUGAAUGUAAGAAGUUUAAUAUUUGGCAUACCUACCUGUAUCUUCUUUGUGAACAUGGCACAUUGCAAUGUAAUGAAAGGCACUAUUUUACGAAAGAUAAAAAUAAAGAUAAAUGAAACGACCUUUAAUCAGUGUGCCUUUUAAUUAAGACAUUUGUAAUUUAAUCUAUUUAGUUAAUUAAGUGACGUAGUUAAGUUGAUAAACUUUGUAAAUAUAUUUUAAACAAUUAUUUUCAUUGAAAAUGAUUGAUUUAAUUUGUAAGGAAAAAAAUGAAAU